AUGUCAAUAGUCACCUACAUCAACCUCCACACCCCUCACCCAACCUCCCCAACCUCUACACCCACCCCUUCCCCUCCCCAGCCUCCACAUCCCUCACCCAACCUCCCCAAAACCCACACCCCUCUCUACCACCACCCCCUUACCUACACACCUCUCUCUCUACCACCCUACCCCAACCUCCCCAAAACCCACACCCCUCUCUCUACCACCCUCCCCCAGCCUCCACACCCUUCCCUCUACCACCACCCCCAACCCCGAAACCCCUCCCUGUACCACCCUCCCCCAACUCCCACACCCCUCCCUCUAUCACCCUUCCCCAGCCUCCACGAUCCUUCCUCUACCACCUCCCCCAACAUCCACACCCCUCCCUCUACCACCUCCCCCAACCUCCACAUCCCUCCCUCUACCACCCUCCCCCAAACUCCACACCCCACCCUCUACCACCCUCCCCCAACCCCCACACCCCUCCCUCUACCACCCUCCCCCAACCCCCACACCCCUCCUUCUACCACCCUCCCCCAACCUCCACACCCCUCCCUCUACCAGCCCUCCCCCAACCUCCACGAUCCUCCCUCUACCACCCUCCCCCAACCUCCACACCCCUCCCUCUACCACCCUCCCCCAACCUCCACACCCCUCCCUCUACCACCCUCCCCCAACCUCCACACCCCUCCCUCUACCACCCUCCCCCAACCUCCACACCCCUCCCUCUACCACCUCCCCCAACCUCCACAUCCCUCUCUCUACAACCCUCCCCAAACCUCCACACCCCUCCCUCUACCACCCUCCCCCAACCUCCACACCCCUCUCUCUACCACCCUCCCCCAACCUCCACACCCCUCCCUCUACCACCUUCCCCCAACCUCCACACCCCUCCCUCUACCACCCUCCCCCAACCUCCACACCCCUCCCUCUACCACCCUCCCCAACCUCCACACCCCUCCCUCUACCACCCUCCCCAAACCUCGACACCCUUCCUUCUACCACCCUCCCCCAACCUCCACACCCCUCUCUCUACCACCCUCCCCCAACCUCCACACCCCUCUCUCUACCACCCUCCCCAAACCUCCACACCCCUCCCUCUACCACCCUCCCCUAACCUCCACACCCCUCCCUCUACCACCCUCCCCAAACCUCCACACCCCUCCCUCUACCACCCUCCCCAACCUCCACACCCCUCCCUCUACCACCCUCCCCAAACCUCGACACCCUUCCUUCUUCCACCCUCCCCCAACCUCCACACCCUUCCUUCUACCACCCUCCCCAAACCUCGACACCCUUCCCUCUACCACCCUCCCCCAACCUCCACACCCUUCCUUCUACCACCCUCCCCCAACCUCCACACCCCUCCCUCUACCACCAUCCCCAAACCUCCACACCCCUCCCUCUACCACCCUCCCCAAACCUCCAUACCCCUCCCUCUACCACCUCCCCAAACCUCCACACCCCUCCCUCUACCACCCUGCCCAAACCUCCUCACCCCUCCCUCUACCAACCCCUGUCCCGCUCUCCCCCACCCUUCGUUCCCCUCCUCAUGUCGCCGACUUCACAUCACCGACUGCGACAACACGUCAGAACGUGUAUAAUGAAUUUAAUGAGAAAUACGCCCGGUGA